CGGAGGAGGGGGCUUCGUUUCGUCGUCUGCAGUACUGGUCAUCCUGUAUAUAAAUAUACAUGUGCAUAUCACUCGGUUCAUAUCAAUCGCCACCCAGCAGAGAAACUAAACUUGCAUCGAUCGCUCGCUCGUCAGUUCUUUCUGAUCAUCGGUCGCCUCUCUAGCUAGCUAGCUACCUGAUCGGCCAUGGCUGAGGAGAAGAAGCACCACCACCUGUUCCACCGCCACAAGGACGGCGGCGAGGAGGAGGCGAGCGCCGGCGGCGAGGUGGACUACGACAAGAAGGAGAAGCACCACAAGCACCUGGGGCAGCUCGGCGGGCUCGGCGCCAUCGCCGCCGGUGCAUACGCAAUUCACGAGAAGCACAAGGCGAAGAAGGACCCCGAGAACGCGCACGGCCACAAGGUGAAGGAGGAGGUGGCGGCGGUGGCGGCUCUGGGCGCGGCCGGGUUCGCGUUCCACGAGCACCACCAGAAGAAGGACGCCAAGAAGCAGGGCCAGAGCUGAUCGAGCCUCUCUCUGUGUGUGUGCCGCUUAUUAUUGUGGCGUUUAUAGAUACUUACUACUUAAUAAAUCGCCUCGUCCAUGUUGCCUGCCA